UUGGAACGACGUAGGCUACUGUUACUAGGCUACAGGUGGCCUAUCUUAUAGUUUCGGUCUUUUUUUAUUAUUGAUAUCAAUUUACGGUUAACAUUUCUAUUCAUAUUUUUUAAGUAACUUUUGAUGCUUUUGACGAGUUCAAGAUAAACAAAUGUAAGAGUGGAAAAAAAAGAUUACAGCUAUGAGCAGUUGUGAUUAUGUAAAGUUUAGCCUAUUAAUUUGAAUUUUGCGUAGUCAGUUCAAGAGGGGGUUCCACCCCACCACUGGAUUGGGCAGAGGUGCACCAGCUCUCUUGUUUGUCUGAAGGAGUAUUUCUGCAGUAGGUGCUGGUGUUCAAUUCACUCCGCUUUCAGCAGAUGCUGAGCUCAUUUUCCAGGGUAAAUAUGGAGCUGGAUAAAAUCACCGGAGAGACAGGAAAGGCGCACAUUGAGCUUCACGCGCUGAGGAAACACAUCAUCUGAGCAAAUACAGUCAGUUUUCAUGUAUAAGUAAUUUCAAUGCUAUUAAACCGUCCGAAAUGUGGAUAAUACUACUGUGGAUAUUUGUCCAAGUUUUGCUUGGCACUUCAGUCGAAGCACAGCAUGUGGACCCUGAAGUGGGCUUAACAGCUCAGGAACAAGUUCUCCUGCUGUACGACAUCAAACUGCAGUGCCUUCAGAACAUCUCCGAACACAAUCCUGCUGAUGAGGUCUGUUCUCCUGGAUGGGACGGGUUGGUUUGCUGGCCUCAAGGUUCUCCAGGAACCGUCAGCAAAGUGGCGUGUCCCAGCUACGUGUACGACUUCAACCACAACGGAUUUGCAUACCGUCAUUGCAACUUGAAUGGAUCGUGGGUAUCGGUGGAGAACAGAACUUGGGUCAAUUAUUCAGACUGUCUGCGGUUCUUGGCUCCAGGCAUUGAAAAGGGCAAAAGGGACUUUUUCGAGCGGCUGCACAUCAUGUACACAGUCGGCUAUGCAGUGUCCUUCAGCUCGCUGCUGGUGGCCAUUUUCAUCAUUGGAUACUUUCGGCGUCUCCACUGCACCAGAAACUACAUCCACAUGCACCUCUUUGUGUCUUUCAUGCUGCGCGCAGUCAGCAUCUUCGUGAAAGACAGAGUGGUGUACGCUAAUGGUGUGCUACAGGAGUACGACACCAUGCUAAUGGACAACAUCAGCAACGUCUCCAUUUCCCCGCUUGACAAGACUCAGUAUGUUGGCUGCAAGAUCACAGUCCUGUUCUUCAUUUAUUUCCUGGCAACCAAUUACUACUGGAUCCUAGUGGAGGGCCUGUACCUUCACAGUCUCAUUUUCAUGGCGUUCUUCUCAGACUCCAAAUAUCUUUGGGGUUUCACUCUCAUAGGAUGGGGUGUUCCUGCUCUCUUCGUAUCAACCUGGGCUGUCGUCAGGGCAACGCUGGCGGAUGUAAGGUGCUGGGAGUUGAGCGCUGGCAAUAUUAGAUGGAUUUACCAAGUUCCUAUACUGACAGCAAUUGGGCUGAAUUUUAUUCUGUUCGUAAAUAUCGUACGAGUUCUGGCCACAAAGAUCCGAGAAACUAAUGCGGGGCGAUAUGACACACGUAAACAGUACAGGAAGCUGGCUAAGUCCACUUUGGUUCUGGUUCUGGUUUUCGGCGUGCACUACAUCAUGUUUGUGGGAAUGCCGCACACGUUCACAGGUCUGGCCUGGGAGCUGCGCAUGUACUGUGAACUGUUCUUCAACUCAUUCCAGGGAUUUUUUGUAUCCAUUAUUUACUGCUUCUGCAAUGGAGAGGUCCAGACAGAAAUCCGGAAGACCUGGCUCCGCUGGACGCUUGCAUUAGACUGGAAAGGUCCCUUCGUUUUGGCUAACUACCGCUAUGGGACGGUCCUGAACAGCAGCGGUGCGAGCGUCCAAUCCCAGAUGACCUCAGUGACCCGCAGUUCUGCUCUCCUCACCAGCAGGGUGUACCGCUGCGCCACUCGGCCCAGUGUCGGCUCGCUUGUGCAUGGCUCGCAAAUACACACCACCUUGCCUGGAUACGUCUUCACCAACUCGGACAUCGAAAGCCUCCCACCUUCCAUUCCAGAAGAAAUCGAAGAGGAGCCCAAACACAUCGACGACAUCACGCUCAAAGGGGUCAACCACAUCGCCGUACGACAGGAAGCCCUCAGCAUCUGUUUCGAAGAAAGCGGACAGAGCUCAUCCCACACAGAUUCUGAUGAUGUCAGAUGUCAUCCUGAUGACAUCAUCACCACGGAAAUCUCCAAAUGCACUGAUAAAAUGUCACCGAAGGAUUCUUUAUCGGUGAAGGACAACAGUUUGGAUCAAGAGGACGAGGAAGUACUUUAAAUCGCAGACUUAAUUUAACGCGAAUUGCCUUUUGCAACCAAUUUUACUUAAAACAAGAGUUUAAUAGAAAAAAAAAAAAUUUUAUUAUUCGGGAAUUGAUUUGAUUGUAGAAAUUGGGUGUUAUAUAUCGGAAUGGUAGUUAAUUUGCUUAGAAAUAAAGGUGUUUCACAAUACCAUAGAAGAACCUUUUUGUUUAUAUGGUUCCAUAAAGAACCUUUGACAUCUGAAGAACCUUUCAAAAGGUUCUUUGUGGAGAAAAAAGGUUCUUCAGAUUAUAAAAAGAACCUUUGACUGAAUGGU